CAAUUGCUGUAUGCUUUCAAAAACAAGUUGUAAUAUGUUUCUCACGUCCAAUUAUAAAUAGGCUAUCUUUGCCAAAGAAGAUGCUUCAAGACUAAGAAAAUGGAAAUAGAGAUGGAGAUGGAGAUGGAGCGUCCGAUCGAAAAUGAGAAUCGAGAACGAAGCAAUAAAGAGCCGAUAUCCAGUCACAAUAGCUGGACUCCAAAGAAGAGGAAGAAGGGUGUACGAGUAAAGAUAUGGUCAAUACGCCGUCACGCCGCGUUCAAGAUGGCAAGGGGGCAGAAGCGAUGCUUGAAGCGGAAAAGAAUAUUCUCUUUGAACUGGAGUCGUAACGUGAAAUCGUGGAACCGAACGUUUGUUCUACCGAAAAUCCUUAAGGAGUGUGGUAAAACAGUUGGAACGCUCUCGAAAUCAAGAAGAACUUUUAGGCGCCGGCAAAAACAACCGUAACUCUCUCAGCCGAUGUCCGAAACACGCGCAAGGGAAGAACCGUAGCAGCCGUGACGAAAGGAAAAGAGAUGAAAGAGGAAGAAUGUGUGAUGGAGGAAAAGAGUCAGUCGCGGGACGCCGUGCGGCAGCGAGAGAGAGCGG